CCAAUUCAUUCUUACAUAACUUUUUCUGCCCUCUGCCGUUCUCUUCUUCUGACCUCCCAAAACCACGUCGACGAAUUAAGAUGGAAGUGCAAGAGCAGAACCGCCAUCGCAGAUCUGUGAGGUUUGAUGCAGCUUGUUUAGGUUUUAGAGAGCCCUAUAAGGUUAUAUGUGAUGAUAUUUUUAUGUUCUAUUUGGUUGGCCAUCAAAUAACUCCUGCUGAUACUGCUCUUGCCAAUACUCUUGGUGGUGCAGUGCAACUUUUCACUACCAGAUGUGUUCUUGAAGAGUUGAAGAGCCCAGAGUUUAAGAGGAUCCUUGGAGCCUUCCAUUCUAAGACACUUGAUGCAGCUAGUAGCCUUUUAACUGCAAGGAAUCAAGCUGCAUAUUAUAUUAGCCCUUCACUGUAGAACAAGCUACUCAACUUCGGAGGCCCUUCAGCAGGAACUACUUCCAGUUCAACAUAUUCUGAACUCGGCAUACUUCCAGUUUAACAUAUUCUGAACUCAGCGUACUUCCAGUUCAACAUAUUCUACUUCCAGUUCAACAUAUUCUGAACUACUUCCAGUUCAACAUAUUCUGAACU